AUGUCAAGCCAGCAAAAGCUGGCAGAGAAGCUGACGAUCCUAAAUGAUAGGGGUAUAGGAAUGCUUACCAGGAUCUACAACAUAAAAAAGAUGCUGAGUAACAAUGAAUCAAAGCCUUCAUUCUUGGCAGACAAGUCACUGGAGCCAGUGUUGAAGUCUAUUAUGAAGAAGUUCCCUAAUAUUGACAUUAGGCAAACUAGUAGCCAUGUGUCAUCUGUUAAUUCUCUCAAAGCAGACAUCAUCAAGUCUUUGUCCCUCUAUUAUUAUACAUUUGUAGAUAUACUGGAUUUCAAGGAUCACGUUGUUGACCUCCUAACCACUAUUGAUGCUUGCCAAGUCAAUUUGAACAUCUCAUUGUGCUAUGACCUUACAAAGGGUUACCUUGACCUCAUUGCCACAUAUGUCGCCAUCAUGAUCAUGGUAUCCAGGGUGGAUGACAGGAAGGGCGUAUUAGGCCUCUUCAACUUUGCUUAUGAGCUCAUACAUGGCAAUAUUGAGUCAUCAUUCCCGCGCCUGGGUCAGAUGAUACUGGAUUAUGAGAUGCCGAUUAAGAAAAUGUCAGAAGAAUUCAUACCCCAUCAAACGUGUGUUCUCAAAGCUCUCAUGUCUCUCUUCAUGGUUUAUCCAAGACGUAACUUGAAAGCUGAAAAUUGGCGAUCUGCACAAAUGCUGAGUCUGAUUUGUGAACCAGCUAAGAUUAUGAAUGUCGCUCAGAGUGAAACAAUGCCAUGUGAAUACCUUUCCCUGGAUACCAUUGAAAGAUGGAUAAUAUUCGGCUUCAUGGUAUGCCCAGCCCCAUUGUUAGAGCCAUCUAGGUACCAAGAGGCUUAUGACAUGUGGAAGAUGGCCCUGCAUGGAGGCUACGUCCAUGUUUUGUGUCGCGAUGAGGUCCUCCAAACACAUGACUACCUCAUCAAGUUCUUCAGCGAAAACAAAAAUGCAAAGAAACGGGUUGAAGAAAUCAAAGAGUUUUACCAUGCAGCAGUACAACAAAGCCCAGUAGUACACAGAGACAGGCGAAAGUUCCUACGUAAUGCACUCAAGGAACUGGCCAUCAUAUUUGCAGAUCAACCCGGUCUACUUGGACCUAAGGGUCUUUACUUGUUCAUGGCAUUAUCGUUUGCCCGUGAUGAGAUCCAUUGGCUGCUAAGGCAUUCUGAGAACCAGCCAUCAGGAAGUCGUAAGGUUAAAGUCAUUCCUGAAGACUAUGUGGACAGGCAAUUACCAGAGUUGUUGUUUCACAUGGAAGAAUUAAGAGCCCUAGUGAAAAAAUACAACCAGGUUAUGCAGAGAUACUAUGUACAAUACUUGGCUGGUUAUGAUGCAAUUGAACUCAACAAUAUAGUACAGAGUUUGUCUGCCUGUCCUGAGGAAGAGUCCAUCAUCUUGUCAUCAUUCUACAACAAGUUGACGUCCCUGUCUGUCAAACAAGUGGAGGAGGCAGAAAUAUUUGACUUCAGAGAUAUACGCAUGGAUUGGUUCAGAUUGCAGGCAUACACAAGUCUUGGUAAGGCAGGCCUUUCAUUGACUGAUCAUGCUAACUUAGCACAACACAUGAACACUGUCAUAUUCCACACAAAGAUGGCUGAUUUCUUAGAUGAGCUCCUUAAUGAGACUUCAGACUUGUCCAUAUAUUGUUUCUAUACAUCAUUGUUUGAGCACCAGUUCCGCCAAGUGUUGGAGUUCCCUGCCCAGCAUAGAUACAGCAUCGCCUUCCCCAUGAUCUGCAGUCAUUUUAUGUCAGCCACACAUGAACUUUGCCCUGAAGAGCGGCAGUCUAUUGGUACAACUUGUGUCCAGUAUGCCCAUUGGUUCCUCAAGGAAAUGGCUGAGGAGGUUAACCAGGUGAUAACUGCAAUAUGUGAGGAGCAUGUACAGAUGCAAGACAGGCUCCUACCAAAACACUCUGCGGUGCUAAUAUCAAACUUUGUGAAGAGGUCAGGAGGGAAGAAAGACAGAGACAGGAAAAAGCAGAUACAAGAGAUUGAACCCCCUGGUAAAGAGAGUCAGAGAAAAUCAAGAGAGGAACUUACCAGAAUGGAUAAACUCCACAUGGCGUUAACAGAGCUGUGCUAUGCUACCAACUACUGCAGUGUCAUUACUGUAUGGGAGCAUGGAUUUGUGCCUAGGGAGUUCUUCACUCAGCACCUAGAGGCAAGAUUCAACAAAAUGCUGGUUGGGAUGAUGAUGUACAAUCCUGGCACCGAGGAGAUUGCUAAACCAUCGGAACUUCUGAACAGUGUCAAGGCUGUCAUGAAUGUACUACAAAGCAUUGAGAAUUACAUCCACAUUGACAUAGCCAGGGUGUUUAACAAUGUCUUGCCACAACAGACUCAACCAAAUGACAGUUUCAAUGGGGAAAAGACAAUCACAUCUAACUACACUACAUGGUAUUUAGAGGUAUUGCUCCGCAGGGUCAGUCUGGGUCAUUGUAUCUAUGCCCCAGCCCAGAAAGCAUUCAUCAGUAUCACUAAUGACCCACAGAACCCAUUCAGUGCAGAGGAGUUUGCUGAUAUCAUGGAGCUGAGGGCCCUAGCAGAGCUGAUAGGUCCAUAUGGGAUGAAAUACAUGGGAGAAAAGGUGAUGCACCAUAUAGCUGGUCAAGUUGAGGAACUUAAGAGGCUUGUAGUCCAGAACAAAGACACACUGACCCAGUUAAGAACAAACUUUGACAACCCAGAAGAGAUGAAAGAGCUCUAUAAGAGACUAGAAAAUGUCGAUAAGUUACUUCAGAGGUUGACGAUUAUUGGGGUACUACUGUCCUUUAGGGGUCUAGCACAAGAGGCCUUACAACAGGUCCUUGAUGACAGGAUUCCAUUCUUAAUGAGCUCUAUUAGAGACUUCCAACACCAUGUGCCCAGUGGGCACGAUGCUAUGAUUGUCACUGAGAUGGCGUCAGCAGCUGGACUAUCAUGUAGUGUGGACCCUGCAUUAUGUGGAGCAAUACGUGCACAGAAAUCUGAAACUGGAGAAAAUGAGUACAACACAGCCUGCCUAUUGAUGGUGUUCAUAGCAGUGUCAAUGCAGAAGCUGGCAAGGAAUGAUCUAGCAAUAUAUAGAGCAUCAUUUGAAGGUCACAUGAACAAUAUCCACUGUCUAGCCAAAGCAAUCAACAGUCUAGCAGGUGCUCUAUUUACAAUAUAUGCCCCUGGGGAUAUAGAAGAAAGACUAAAGGAGUUCUUAGCUCUGACUUCACAAAGUUUAUUACGUCUCGGCCAGGAGAACAAUGAAAAAGAGGUUCAGGUUCUGAAGAACAGAGACUCCAUCUAUUUACUCUUAGAUCUGAUUGUUCAAGAAUCACCAUUUUUAACUAUGGACUUAUUGGAAUCAUGCUUCCCAUACGCACUUCUACGCAAUGCAUAUCAUGCUGUCUACAAAAAUGCACCUUCAGAGCAACCAUGA